CCGAUCGAUGAGGCGUGAACCGACCAACCUUAUUUGGUUGGCACAUAAUCUCGCCCCGUGUUCGUUAAGGCUGGAAGAUCUGCGCAGUGUCCCCCCGCGUUGGAUGAUGCUUCCACUGUGAACUUGCCGCGGCUUGUUUGAUAUUGAUUUUGACUUAGGGACUUUAGCGCACCCGCACCUUCGUCCAUGAGGAUAUAGAGCUGCACACGUACACAGUCUUGCAAACCAGGAGUCGCGCCUGUUAAACUUUCUGUGACGUUUCACCACCUCUUCGCGUCCCCGGCACCCGACAAGCCACAACAGACAUCAUGGGUCAUGCUAUGCAAACACCAGGACAUGAACCUCACGACGUUGAUGUUCGUGAUCUCGAAAAAGAUGGCAACCACACCGCACAUGCUCACUGGCAAGAUCGGACACCGCCCAGCGAAGCUGAGAAGAGCGAGCAGUUGGCUCUAGCCCCUACAAUUAGUAAGGGUCCAACUGUCCACGAAAGAAUGAAUGGUAAACUAUUCAUGACCUUGACGUGUAUGUCUUUCCUCUGGAUCGGCUCGCAGAUCCCUCUUUUCUUAUUUGGCUCUGUCCUGCCUCUCAUCUACAACGAUAUCGGUGGUGUUGACAGAUGGGUCUGGUUUGUCAUUGGCUAUUUGAUCCCCAAUGCCGCUCUCUGCCCAUUUGUUGGUGCACUUUCGGAUUUGUUCGGUCGCCAAAAGGUUGCCAUUGUAGGGCAGGUAUGUCUCAUUGUAGGCCCUAUCAUUACUGCAACCGCAACCUCCAUGAACAUCGCUAUUGCGGGUAAUGUCUUCUCUGGAAUUGGUGCAGGUCUCAAUGAACUCAUCGCACUUGCUGGGACAGCCGAAGUCGUGCCUGUGAAGGACCGCGGCAAGUACGUCGGUCUCGUCGUGUUGACAAUCUUGCCCUUCUGCCCUUCAGUGCUAUACGCUCAACUUAUCGCCGAAGCCAGCAACUGGCGUUAUAACGGCAUCCUUGUUGGCAUUUGGAACUUCAUCGGCCUGCUCCUUUGUGUCUUUUGUUAUCACGAUCCAUCUCGUCUUACAGCAGAAUACACAGCAACCCAUGUCAUUCAGCGUAUCGACUAUAUUGGUGGUAUUCUCAGCAUUGGUGGUAUCACCUGCUUCAUGAUGGGCCUUCAAUGGGGCGCCUCCCAAUAUGUAUGGGGAAGCGUACAUAACAUCGUACCUCUAGUCAUUGGCAUCAUCAUGAUCGCCGCCUUCUUUGUUUGGGAGUUUUAUGCGCCACACCCGAUGGUCCCACGGGCAUUAUUCAAGAAGGCCAAGAAGACUAUGGUUGUCAUCUUGCUAAUCACUUGGCUUAGCGGUGGUAACUUCUUCGUGUUGCUGCUGUUCUGGCCCACCCAGAUCUACAACGUUUAUGGUGAUGAUCCGAUCGGCGUUGGUGUCAGAUCCUUACCCAUCGGGUUCGGUAUCAUCGUCGGCGCCGCCAUCUGUCUAAUUCUCAUUCCUGCGACGAAAGGUCGCAUCCGCUUGUUGCUCCUUUUCUUUACCGCUUUAAUGACUGCGGGCACUGGUGCCAUGUCAAUCUCGACACCGGACAAUCUCAAUACCAUGUACGGUCUUGUCACUCUGGCUUCUCUCGGUGUCGGUGGCGUGAUCAUUCCAUGUUCUAUCAUUGCGCAGAUUGCAUGCCCAGAUGAACUCAUCGCGACUGUGACCGCGAUCACGCUCAGUCUGCGUUACAUCGGAGGUGCUAUCACAUUUGCGAUAGCCUCUAAUCUGUUCUACCACAAUGUCACCAUCUAUGCAACCCAGAUUGUGGCUACUGAGACGAUUGCUGGGAAAGCCAUCGUUAACCCUUUCAGACCUGAAGGAUUGGCGCUCAUUAAACACAUGACCGAGCUUGUCUCCAAUGCUCAAUUCGUCCAGCUGCGCGAGAUAUUGGCUACAAACUCUUUAAUUCUGGACAGGAAUAGUUACAGCAUCAUCGUUACAAGCGCACAAGAAGCUUUUUCUCUUGCAUAUCGGUGGCCAUACUGGAUUUCCAUUGCGUUCGGAGGAGCCUGUUUCAUCUUGAGCAUUUUUGUUGGAGACAUCGGUGCUUUAUUGGACGGUCACAUCGCCGCCGCUGUCUAGUUGAAUGCGGAGGACAUACCGCUGAUUUCCCCUGCUACGGGUAGACAUGUUCUCAUAUAUCCGAACUCGAAUUUACG